AUGAUCGUCAGGAGCGACCACUUAUCACGGCCGGCGAUGCCGCCUGCUAGACGGGUCGAGAAUUUCCAACAGGAGUGGUCUCUUUGGCAUCUACUGAUUCCUCGGCGUUGGAUCAAGAUGUUGGUUUUGGUAGGUUUGGUUUGCUUCUUCUCGGUCUGUCUUGGUCUAGGCUUGAACCAGAAUCAGAUUCGAGACCUGGAUUCGGAUCAGGGUCAGGAUGAUGGCUUUCAAGACGAUGGUGUUGCCUAUUUUCCUCCGCCUAGGCAAACGGGACAAAAAACUCAUGAUCCGACUAUUUUGAAGGUUGGCGAUGAGUUCUAUCUUUACAAUGUCGGGUCGCAUAUCUUCAUUUACAAUGCGCCUUCUAUGGCCGGUCCGUGGAAGCAUGUUGGCAGUGUGCUGGAUGCCAAUAGUGUCAUCCCCAAGGGUGAUCGUGCUGCUCCCUGGGCACCGACGGUUAUUGAAUACGACGGAGUCUACUACUGCUAUUACAGUGUGAGCAAAGCAGGCUGCCGUGACAGUGCCAUCGGUGUGGCGACAUCUAAUUCUCCUGGACCUGGGAACUGGCAUGACCAUGGCGCUAUUAUCCAAACGGGAACUGGCAAUGGAUCCGAUGUGUCGCCCUACACGAUCUCGAAUGCCAUUGACCCGAGUGCAUUGAUUCUCCCCAAUGGUGAAGCAUACCUCACAUUCGGAAGCUAUUGGACUGGUAUCUAUCAAGUUCCCCUCGGCAAGGAUAUGAUUUCUCCGAAGAGCACUACUGAGCCCGACGCUCGUCACCUUGCCUACGAGCCCAACAUGCUUAGCACUCCCAACCGUCACACUAGCUCAUUAUGCGGUGACCCAACUGGACCACACGCCAUCGAGGGAGCAUUCAUUUCCUAUCGUGAUGGAUAUUAUUAUCUCUGGUUCAGCCACGGCAACUGCUGUAAUCUGCAUGCGGACAAACUUCCUGCCGCUGGCAAAGAUAUUCGCGUUGGACGGUCCCAGAAUCCUCGUGGUCCCUUCGUCGACAAAACUGGCAAGGACCUUGUCGAAGGUGGUGGCACUAUCAUAUACGGCUCGAACGGCGAAACCUAUGCCCCCGGCGGCCAAGGCGUUCUUCGCGACGGCGACACCGACCUUCUCUAUUACCACUACCGUGAGUCCAUGACUCCUAUCCACACACAAUCUAUGAUUUUAACCCUCGCUCCAGAAAAUAGAACCAUUGGCGUGGCAUUUGCAGUACGUGACCCGGCAGGCUUGUAG